CAAGAAACUUUCGUCUUUCGUUACUCAUACCUUUGGUUCUACAGGUGAGAGAAUUAGCUGUGCGCGUGGGCAGGAUUGGAUAUGUUACAUAUUUUCCAUUUAGUUGACGACGGCGUCGCGACGAAGAACGUUCAUUGUUGGAAAAAAGACGACGCGCUACAUCGAACACAUGAUAAAUGUUAUAAAAAAUAAUUUUAGUACACACUUUUUGGAGUCAUAUUUUAUUUAGAGUAUUUAUUUACACUCUUAUUAUUUUAAUUUUUAACAGUAAAAUUAUUUUGAAGUAAAAAUCGAUCAAAAAACACCUUUUUUAAUUUUUUGCGUAUGCGUUUAAAGUGGUUUACAUAGUGUAAUAAUGUUGUAACGUGACCGGCGAGAAUCGUGUUAAUAGUUCACUUAUCGUUCAAAAUAGCGUGCAGACUGAUAAAAUUUAAGAUGUACUUAGUUAACUGAAACCCUAAUAAGAAACUAACACAAUCAACGUAAACAGAAAAUAAACCAUGACAAAAUCUUUCUGUUACCGCCUGGUACCACCAUCGAUUUUAAAAUUAAACCAUUAACCGAUCUAAAAAGACACCUAACAUGAGAUGGAAAACAGCAAAAAGUCCGAAAAAAUCAAAAACUCGUCCGUUUUUAGUGUUACCGCUAAUAGAAGUGGACAACUCGUCAACACAAGAUCAAACGAUGAGAAAAAAGCCCGACCAUCUCCGCCUUUUUACUAGAACAUUCACGCCAAAAGAAAAAACGAUUAACGAUGAAAAUGCACGACCUUUAACGGCUACGUUAGAAAAACCCCAAGUACUCGAUAUUCGAUAUAUCGACAAAAUCGACAUGUCCUUGGUUAGAAAAGAGUUCCUGUGUAUUACCAAUUUGUGUCGAGCGUUGCCGGUGGCGGUAUCGAAGGCGCGGAGGAAGCCACCUCCAAACAGCCAGAGACGUCACGGAAUCACCAGACCAUUGAUUUUACCAAGCAAAGGUAUUCAAAAAAUUAGUAGACCCGGUACUAGUGAUGAUAGUUGGGAAGACGAGAGUAGUUGCUCACAAACACCGACAGCAAGAGCUAAAAAAUACGAUCUUAAUAGAAGACACAAAAUGAUCAAGCAACCAGCACCCGUUACAUCAUCAGCACCAAUAAGAAAACCGUCAAAAAAGAUCAGUCAUAAUGACACUAAUAACAAUUUUAAUACGUAUCGUGUGACGAAGAAGCGAAUGGUUGUUCCUUUACCUUGUAACACCUGCGGACGUCCCGAUCAACCAGAACGCUUCCACAGUCACCCAGAAACUCCCGGAAACCAUUCGCCGAAGAAGAAAAUGGAUGUAAAAGCACCGAUAAAAAACGUCGUUCAAAAACCGGUCGCGAUUAAAUAUAAAUCAAAAUUAAUUGAAAAGAAUAAUAAGAAUAAAGUAUUGGUUACUCCCGGGAAAACGAAUUCGGGAAAUGUACGUUUGGGAAAAAUAAAUUCGGCAAAUAUACAUUUGGGAAAUGUAAAUUCGGGAAAUGUAAAUUUGAGAAAUAUAAAUUCGGGAAAUAUAAAUUCAGGAAAAAUAAUUUCGGGAAAGCCAACUUCUGCAUCAACACCUAUAAUCGAUGAAAAUAAAGAUAAAAAGGAAACUGGAAAAGGCCCUAAAACGCUUAUGUGUUACAUUUGUGGAAGAGAAUUUGGAACGAUGUCCUUGCCGAUACACGAACCGAAGUGUUUAGAG